CAAUUCCAUUUAUAAAAGUGGGCAAAGGAUCUGAACAGACAUUUCUCAGAAUAAGACAUACAAAGGCCAGCAGGUGUAUGAAAAAAUGUUCAAUAUCACUAACCAUCAUAGAAAUGCAAAUUAACUUUUGCUGCCUGACCACUGCCAUCAUGGGUUGCAUGCAUGCUCCCGAGAAGGGCCUAUCCCAUUUGGCUUUGUCCUAUCACUGCAGUGUCCCCACUUGGCUGAAGUUUACAUCUGAUGACAGGAAGGAGCAGAUUUAUAGACUGGCCAAGAAGGGCCUGACUCCUCCACAAAUUGGUGUGAUCCUGAGAGAUUCACAUGGUGUUGCACAAGUAUGUUUUGUGACAGGCAAUAAAAUCUUAAGAAUUCUUAAGUCUAAGGGACUUGCUCCUGGUCUCCCUGAAGAUCUCUACCAUUUAAUUAAGAAAGCAGCUGCCAUUGAAAAACAUCUUGAGAGGAACAGAAAGGAUAAGGAUGCUAAAUUUUGUGUGGUUCUGAUAGAGAGCUGGAUUCAGUAUUUGGCUCGAUUUUAAAAGACCAAGCAAGUCCCCACUCCCAAUUGGAAAUAUGAAUCAUCUACGGCCUCUGUCCUGGUCACAUAAAUUUGUCUAUGUAUCCAAGCAGUAAAAUUGUUUA